AUGAUUCGUCAAGCUGGCGCAGGAUCUACAGGAUGCCAAGCAGGCUGUGCAGCCAAAAAGGCAAGGGGGGAAAGGGAUACAUUCAUAAGGGUUCCACCAGAAGACCAAAGACAUCCAUUGGGACGAUUUCAAACCCGGCUGCAGCAAAAGCAUGGUGUGGACAAAGCAUCUCCAGCAGAUAGGAGUUGCGAAAGCUGCGUGCAACUGUUCUUCGCGGAGUCAAUCGCGGAGUCGACUGGCUCCAGUUAUGGGCGCCAAUUCCGAUUAUUACCCAGGAGGUUCAAUCCCCAUCCACAAUCCUUUGCAACGUCCAAUCCGGGGGCGGAACGGCUGGACGGCGUGUGGCUUUCCCCAAACGCGCCUGCAAGGGCCUGCAGACAUGCAGCAUACUGGUGUAUGUGUCACAGGGUGGUGGUGAUGGUUAACGAGAAGAGCAUCCUCCGAUCCCGGAAUACGUACUGGAAUUUCUUACCUUUUCCAGAACACGAAGGAAGGCGCAAAGAAAUUUCGAGGAAUGCUGGUUUGCCCCAGUUGCGAACCGCAAGGGGAAGCGAGAGAACCAGCCCAACCCUUGCGGCAUCCACUAAUGAGAUGGCAACUGGGGAGGAGGGAGGGGGGGGCUUUCGGCCCGCCCCGUUGCCCAAGUGGUCGAAUUCUGGCCAGUUCCGAGGGUCCUCACGGCUUUGUGGAUUGGUGGUGCCACCCCCCACCCCCCCAUACACACACGCACAACUAAUCCACCAGCCAAUGCCAGCAGAGAUGGAUGAGCAACGUGUUUCCUUUUUGAGGUUGGCGCCUUUAAACGCUGUGCUCACGAGCAUGGCUCUCGGGGCGUCUUUGCCAGGCCUUGGCGCGAUAGGGGCAUAUGGUGUCAUUCUGGGUGGCGGACGGGUCUUGAUGUUGUGUUCUAGAAUGACAUGGACCUUUUUCUCACCAUCCCUGUCAAAGAAAAGGUUCUACGUCAGCACUAGAAAGAAGCCAUACAGAAGGUUCCAUGGAGUGACACGGCAGGCGAAGACUCGAGGAGGCGUACAAGAUCUACCGCCUCCCUUGAUAACGCCAUCAGCAACAGCAUUCUAG